AUGUUAGGACCAUCGAGCGGUAAGGAAUCGCAAGAGAAGAUUAUUGAUUAUGAAAAAAUUAAUCUUAGUGAAUUCAAUUAUGUUAUAAAUAAUUCGGAUCACUCCGAUGAAGAGGAGGAGGAUGAUGAUGAUUAUUAUAUAUCUGACAAUAAUUAUAAAAAUGAUAUAAAAACAGAUAAUACCACCCCAAAUAAUAAUGCAAAAAAUGAAUCUUAUAUGAAUUCAAAAGGGUUUUUUCCAGAUACCAAUGGAAAGGAUAGCACUACUGAUCAUGUAAUUAAACAAACUGAAAAGGAAUCUGGAGAAUGUAAAGAAAAUAAACAGAGCGAUAGUAAAGACAUUGAUGAGACCUCGAGAAUCGAGCCUACCACAUCUACCGAUAAUAAUCAAAAUAAUUUAAUGAAUAGUGAUAUUGUAAAGGAUGAAAAGGGUGGGAAUUCCCAAGGAUAUAACAGAGACCAACCUGAUUUGGAAUCCUAUAUAUAUGUUCGAAUAAAAACAAAUAACUCUAAUAAUAAUGUUUAUAAAUGUAAAAUUGAAAAGAAUAUAACUAUAAAAAAAUUAAAAAAUAGUUUAAAAGAAAUAAUAAAUGAUAAUAAUGAUUAUCGAAUUAUAUAUAGAGGAAGAUUGCUUAAAGAUAUGGAAGUAUUAUCAAAAUAUAAUAUAAUGUUUAAUGAUAUAUUAUAUGCAAUAAAAUUAAAUAAAAAAAGAAAUGAAAAUGAUAUUGCAUUAGAUUCUGGUAUAACAAGUUCACAAUUAAGUACUAUAGGAGAUGAAUAUAAUGAUUUAGGGAAAAUGGGACAGAAUGAUAAUAUUUCAAAAUUAAUUUCAUCAAUGUUUGAUAAUAGUGAUUUUCUUAAAUCAAUAAUGAAUUCAAAUAAACAACUUCAAAAAUUAAGAGAAAAAAAUUCUGAACUAAAUCAUAUGUUAAAUGAUUCACAAACUUUAAAACAAUCUUUUGAAAUGAUUAAAAACCCAUCACUUAUGAAAGAACUUAUGAGAAAUACUGAUCGAGCUAUAAGUAAUAUUGAAGCUAUACCAGGUGGUUUUAAUACAUUAAGAAGAAUGUAUCAUAAUAUACAAGAACCUAUGUAUGCAUCAGUUGAAAUGCCUAAUGAAAAAAAUCAAAACACAAUUAAAGAAUAUGAUUUAAAUUCUUCUUCUCCUCCUACUACAGAAGCAUUUCCAAAUCCAUGGGCUUCUAAAGAAAAUAAUUCACAAAAAAAUAUAAAUAUGGAAAAUAGUUUAAAUAAAUAUUUACUCCCAGAUAGUAAUAUGUUUAAGGAUAAUGAAGAAAUUAUUCCGAUUACUAAAAUGGGAAAUAAAUAUAAGGGAGCCAAGGGUAAGGUACUUCCAAUUAACAAUACAAAUGAAAAAAAUGGAAUUGCUAAUGGGAAAAUCCCAAGUAGUGAUCUUUUUCGAAGCAAUCUUUUUGAUAUGCUAUUAAAAUAUAAAAAUCCUGUAAAUGGAAUUGGAAAUAAUCCAAAUAGUACCGCCCCAAAAAGUUCAUUACCAACAAACAAUAAAAAAAAUAAUGAAACUAAUAAAAAUUCCGAAAAUAAUCCUAUGAACAUUUUUGGAAGUAAUGGGAAUUUUUUUGAUCCUAAUUCUAUGAAUAGCUUACUGGGAAAUAAUUCACAAAUGAAUAGCCCCCUUUUAAAUCCUAACUUAUUUAACAGUUUGAUGGGUCAGCAAUCGAAUAAUGCAAAUGCAAACGCAAACGCAAAUGUAUUGAACAUGUUUAGCCAAAUGAUGUCAAAUUUAAAUAAAAAUAUAAACAUGAAUAAUAAUGGAAAUAAUGCUAAUUUAGGAAAUGAAAUGUUAAAUAGUUUGAAUAUGUUGAAUUUCCAAAAUAAUAGAUUGAAUUCAUUAUUUAAUCAUGGUGUAAAUGUACCGAAUAAACAAGUUAGUAAUAAUGACAAUAAUUCUGCUAGUCCAAUCAUAAAAAAUAUUAAUAUAAAUGAGGAAAAAAAGGAAGAAAAUCCAUCUGAUGAUGUACAAAAUCAUGCAGAACCUCAACAUGCCGAUAAAAGCAGUGAAGUAGACACGAAACAGCAGGAAGAUGGUAACACUGAUUUAAAUAAUGAAGGAAAAGAUAAAGCUACCACUUCUAACAAUUUGAAUAAGCAAGAUGAACAAGAACAUCUUAUUGCAUUAUAUCAAGAACAAUUAACUUCGUUAGAAUUAAUGGGAUUUACAGACACAAACAAAUGCAUAAAAUCACUGGUUGAAGCAAAAGGAAAUAUAGAAAGAGCUAUCGAUUUGCUCUUAAGUGAUAUAAAUGCAAAUAGAAACUAA